AUCAGCGGUUGUCUCCUGGUAAGUAUUCUCAAAACACAUUCUUUAUUCGGAUUUCGAUUCCCGUUCUGGCUGCUUCGGAAGAAGCUUAAAUAAUGGCAACUCUUAAUGAUUCAUUCCUGGCAGAUCUCGAUGAAUUGUCUGAUACUGAGGCUAAUCUUGAUGAGAAUAAUGGGGAAGAUGAGGACAUGGAAGAAGAUGUAAAUGGGGACUUGGCAGACAUAGAAGCACUUAAUUACGAUGAUCUGGAUAGUGUUUCCAAACUACAGAAAACAGAGCGCUACACUGAUAUUAUGCAGAAAGUUGAAGAUGCACUAGAUGAAAAGGGUUUUGAAACCUCAGAUAAAGGAAUUGUUUUGGAAGAUGAUCCAGAGUAUCAGCUAAUAGUUGAAUGUAAUGCUUUGUCGGUCGAUAUUGAAAAUGAACUAGUGAUCAUCCACAAUUUUAUCCGUGAUAAGUAUCGCCUGAAAUUUCCGGAGCUUGAAUCUCUUGUUCAUCACCCAAUUGAUUAUGCUCGGGUAGUUAAAAAGAUUGGGAAUGAGAUGGAUCUGACCCUUGUUGAUCUGGAAGGACUCCUACCAUCUGCUAUUAUUAUGGUCAUUUCUGUAACCGCAUCAACUACCAGUGGCAAACCACUCCCAGAGGAUGUUUUACAAAGGACACUUGAUGCAUGCGAUCGGGCUCUUGCUCUAGAUUCAGCAAAGAAAAAGGUCCUCGAUUUUGUGGAGAGUCGAAUGGGAUAUAUUGCUCCAAAUCUUUCUGCUAUAGUUGGAAGUGCUGUUGCCGCUAAACUUAUGGGUACUGCUGGUGGUCUUGUUGCAUUAGCAAAGAUGCCCGCUUGUAAUGUUCAGCUUCUUGGCGCCAAAAAGAAGAACUUGGCAGGGUUUUCAACAGCAACAUCUCAAUUUCGUGUGGGUUAUCUAGAGCAAACAGAAAUAUUUCAGAGCACUCCUCCUUCCUUGAGGAUGCGUGCCUGCCGACUUUUGGCGGCAAAAUCUACACUCGCAGCACGUGUAGACUCUACAAGAGGAGAUCCAACCGGAAAAAAUGGAAGAUCUUUCCGAGACGAGAUUCUUAAGAAGAUUGAGAAGUGGCAAGAGCCCCCUCCUGCCAAGCAGCCUAAACCUCUUCCAGUUCCUGACUCUGAGCCCAAGAAAAAGAGAGGCGGUCGACGACUGAGGAAGAUGAAAGAAAGAUAUGCUAUUACAGAUAUGCGGAAGUUGGCGAAUAGGAUGCAGUUUGGAGUUCCAGAGGAGAGUUCUUUAGGUGAUGGGCUGGGGGAAGGAUACGGAAUGCUUGGUCAGGCUGGAAAUGGCAAGUUACGUGUAUCAGUUGGUCAGAGCAGACUUGCUGCCAAAGUAGCCAAGAAGUUCAAGGAGAAGAAUUAUGGAAGCAGUGGGGCUACUUCGGGGCUGACUUCAAGUUUGGCCUUCGAUGCUAUGGAACAGUUACAGAAGAAGGGGAAGGGGAAAGGGAAGAGAAGAGAAGAAGAGAAAGGAUGGGCAAAGAGAGAAGAAGAGAGGGAGGAAUAG